CAAACUUCAUAAAUCGUCAGCACCUCAAUCCGCUAAACCCCCAGUUCAAUGACCAAGGAACACUUCGAACCCCCUCUUGCUUCCCUCAGCUUUUCCCAUGUUUAUUACAACCCUGACGAUCCUGUAUCACUAUUAUGCGCAUGGCUAGCCCUUCUCCCGCAAGCUCUCGGUGUCUCUUACGCGACACUGGUAAUUGCCCAACGCGAGAUAGAGGUUCUACUUAUGUUUGCGGGACAACUAUCCUGUGAGGCACUGAACUGGGCACUCAAAAGAUACUUUAAGCAGGGCCGACCAAAACAGAUGUAUGGAAACGGGUAUGGAAUGCCCUCUUCCCACGCCCAAUUCAUGGCGUUCUUCGCAGUUUAUUUUUCGCUCUGGAUUCAUCGCCGGUCGAAGGGGUUUAGUCCGGUGGUUCGAUGGGCACUCAGCGGCGGAAUUUUGGCUGUAUCGGCGACAGUAGCGCUGAGUAGAAUUUACUUGUCCUACCAUACGGCCGGACAGGUUGCGUGUGGAUAUUUCGUUGGUGCGCUAUUCGCAGUGGUUUGGUUUUUGGCCACGGCUUGGAUGAGGGUCACGGAUUUGGGUGGCAAAGGUGGAAUGUUUGAUUGGAUCACAGGCGGGAGAAGACUAUGGGAAUUAGUUAUGUGGAUAGGGGGACUAGGUUAUGUCAAAGAUUUAUGCACAGAAGUUGAUAUUGUGAGGUGGGAGUGGGAAGUGUGGAGACGAGGGUCGUUGGGGGUGACUGAGGGGGCUAAGAUUCUCCAAGAAGAAAAGAAAAGGAUAUAAACCAGGA